AUGCAUCCGGAAUUGAAAAAUACCUGGACUCCCGCAGUCAAUGUCCUUACCUGGUUUAUGCUGGUGACAGCUAUUCUGAGUGUCUUGACUCGUCUGGGAACAAAGUACUUCAUCUUUCGAAAAUGGACAUUCGACGAUGGCCUCGCCGCCGCAUCACUGGUUUUCUGCAUCGCGCAGUCAAUUGCGGUCUCGGCAGCAACAGCAAAUGGAUUUGGACAGCAUCGUAAUAUGUUGUCGGAUCCCAAGCUUGAUAUCAUCAUGAAGGCCGAGUACGCCUCAACGAUUCUCUUCAUCGCCAGCAUUUGCUUCUCUAAACUAUCUCUCUUGGUCUUCAUUCGCAACUUGACACCGGCAACCAUGGAUCGCCGUGUUGCUCUCGUACUCGGAAUAUUGAUCGCGCUAUGGGGUGUGGUGAGCAUCUUCACGGCUGCCUUUCAAUGCCAUUUACCAGAAACAUGGAAUUAUCUACACGGGAGUUGCUUCGAUCGGGCUGCGUGGUGGAACUACCUCGGCAUCACUAAUAUCUUGUCUGAGGCUGGGAUAAUGGGCCAAGCGCUUCUGGUUAUUAUCCGCAUCCAGACUGAUUUUGGCAGGAAAGCAGGUUUGUCAAGCGUGUUCUUGAUCCGAAUCGUUGUAAUUAUCGCGAUCAUUUGCCAGCUCGCUUACGCCAGUCAAACUAAAUCCUCGACCGAUUUUACCUUCGAUACUUGGAUUGUCGCGGUCUCAACGCAGAUGGCUCAGGCUUUAAGCAUUGUUACCGCCUGUUCGCCGCAAUUCAAGCCGUUCCUGGAUAACCUACGAUCAUCGGGAAUGAGUCUUGGCCUGACCAGCUCCAACGGUUACGGCAGCAAGCACAAGACAUAUGGCUUGAGUACCUUCAAGGCCUCCCGGCGUACUCAGAACACUCAAAACACUCAAAGUGAUACUCACGAACUAGUCCCCAUGGCCCACGACGGGACCCACCGCGCACUGGUUACAUCGGGUCCAGAGGACGACACGGAAAGCCAAUCCAGUCGCUCCAAUAUCAUUGUGGAGACAAGAACGUGGACUGUGACCGAAGGAUUGCGGGAUUGA